AAAAGCAGAUGGACCUGCACGAGGAACGUGGCGUACCCGGCCGGGGAAAGUGGAGGACCGGGAGGAAGCCAGUGUGGGGCGCCGGCGGCGGAGACCGGCUGUGGGCGCGCCGGGGUCUCGGGGGCAGCACAGCCCUAGCAGGUGCAAUUGGGGUGUUAGAAGCUUCUUUCCAUUAUAGCCCAGGGAGAAAUUUACAUUUGGACUUUAUCGUACCAUGGCUUUGGUUCUCAAAUUUCUGAAUGGUACUUAUAUUUUCAGAAAAUGCCCAAAGCCAAAUGUUGCCUCAUGUCCAUUUUUGGGUACUCAUUUUGUAGACUAUUGUUCUAGUAGUCUUCAGAAGCCUGUGGCUGCUCCUGGCAAAACCUCCUCUCAGAGGAAUUCUGAAGGAGAUUUGCAGGGACAUCACCAGAGAGAAGUUGCUUUGGAUAUAACCUCUCCUGAGGAGAAGCCUUUAAUUAGUUUUGAUAAAGCAAUUAAAGAUGAAAUAAAGGACCAGUUGAGGCGUUUGAAGGAUGAUAUUGUGAAUCAUUGGAUAGGCCCUGAAGGCCGCCCUCUGCAUGAGGUCUUGUUGGAACAAGCCAAGGUUGUCUGGCAGUUUCGAGGAAAAGAAGAUUUAGAUAAGUGGAUGGUGACUUCUGAUAAGACUAUUGGAGGCAGAAGUGAAGUGUUCCUGAAAAUGGGCAGGAAUAAUCAGAGUGCAUUGCUGUAUGGGACUCUGAGCUCUGAGGCACCUAAGGACGGGGAAAGUGGCCGCAGUGGGUACUGUGCAAUGAUAUCCAGGAUUCCAAGGGGCCCUUUUGAGAGAAAGAGGGCUUAUGAUUGGUCCCAGUUCAACACUCUGUAUCUCCGUGUACGUGGAGAUGGUCGGCCUUGGAUGGUGAAUAUCCGAGAGGACACGGAUAUAAUGCAAAGGAAGAAUCAGAUGUACAGUUACUUCAUGUUCACCCGUGGGGGUCCCUACUGGCAGGAGGUCAAGAUUCCUUUCUCCAAAUUUUUCUACUCUAAUCAAGGAAGAAUUCGGGAUGCUCAAUACCAGCUUUUGCUUGACAAGAUCUCUUCUAUUGGAUUCACCCUGGCUGAUAAAGUAGAUGGUCCAUUCUUCCUGGAAAUAGAUUUUAUUGGAGUGUUUACUGAUCCAGCCCACACAGAAGAAUUUGCCUAUGAAAAUUCUCCAGAGCUUAACCCAAGACUUUUUAAAUAGAGAUGGUAAUUUUGUACUAUCAAAUUAAGUAUUAUCUAUGAUGAUAUGGACAAAAUAAAGUAUCUUCCAACCAA